AUGGCGGUAAAUCUGCGCUUUGAUAGGGACGGGUGUUCACUGCCCUUCGAGGAGGCCAAUCGCGAGGAGAUACAAGGCUGUGUUAGCGAUCAUAGGCAGAUCAGGAAUGGCCACGGUCAUACGGUGGCUAUUACGGAGGCCAUGGUCAUCAACGAGCUUCACUUCUCUCCGGGCUACUGGGAUGCACGCAAAUCGGUCCAUGCAACCAUUCGGCUGACGAAUGAUGCCCUCAUUACCGCAUGA